UAGCUUUGUCAUGUGCAGUUUCUCAUGAUCGGCGAACUUAACCACACCCACCAUCUGUCCACGUUUAAUUGUGUAUUUGUGAAAGUUUUCGUGAAAAAUUUAAAGACUUUUAUUUCAAUGUUGUCUAUGUGUUUUUAAAGAAAAGGAAGCAUUAUAAACUAUAUAUUAUAAAAAAAAUCGAAUACAAAUAAUUUAUAUAAGAAGCUUAUUGAGCGACUGAGGUGAAUACGCGACUUUAAAACAAAUAUUCUAUCAGUGGAUCACUUUCUGAACUUAAUUAUUUAAAUGGAAGACCUUUUGAACUGGAUAACUAGAACAAACCCCGAGCGAAGUUUACCAGGUAUAGAUACGCACCCGAUACUUUCUAAGGCUCAAAUUAAAUAUGAAAAUGAGAUGAUUAUGAAUGCGGAAGAACCCGAAGAGCUCAAACCACUAAUAAACAGAUGGUUGGUAGAGUAUCAGAACCUUACGAAGUCAGAACUUGCCAAAUUCAACCCGGCAACUCAAGAGGCGCUUAGAGCAAAAUAUAUUUUAGCUAGGAAAAUGCAUGAAAUAUUAAAGGAACGUGUCGUCAGGCGAAAACAAGGAUUGCCAAUUCCUAAACUGAAUAAAAAUCUUUCCGACUUCCCCGAAACACCAGAGCGGCCGAAAACACGGCAUAGUAUAAAUUCUAAUGUUAAACAAAAUGAGGAGAGACGAGAGCUUAAGUUAUUUGUGGAGAAAGCCUUCAGUGUCAUCAGCGACGCGAAAAAAAGAAAUACUUUAUUGGAGGAAAUAUUUUAUGAAAAGAAUAUGUCAAAUAAUGUAGACUCCUCUACAAGUGAACCAACUACGAAUAUGGAGACUUCUAAUGAUACAAACAGUUCCAGCUCAACAACAACACCACUUCGUCGGUCAAGCAGAAGAAGCACGUCGCCUCGUGUCGGGAAUCCACAAAAGCGUGUGCUAAUAGAAGUGAGUGGAGAAACUAACACAGGUCAACGGAGCAUAACAAUGCCUACACGAAGAAGGACCGGCUUGCCCACUAUUGCCAACGGCGAUCUCUACACAGUGAUCGGUCCGAAUGGCACAAGAGUACCCACCAAAAAAUUUAAAGCCCUAACUUUUACAACAGCAGGUGUUACCACACGUAAGUUGCUAUGCUUGGUUUUCCCGGAAGAGAUCCUGGCGAGAAGUACACUUAGCGGCAAGCCAUCACCAGCAUUUGUGGGCCGUGAACGUCCUCCUAAGGAUCCAUUGAAUCCGGAAAAGGUUGCGGAUAUCGAAUAUUGUGUUUUGUCCCGCAUAGAUUCGUGCAAAUUUACAGUGCGGAACGUAAUCACCACUAAAUGUUCGGAUGUCGCAAAGAAGUAUAGGCACCUCAAUAAGGCUCCACAACCGACUGAUCGAAACGAAGAAUGAAGAGAAAUGACGACAUGACAAACUCCCUUCCAAUUUUUAAGUUGUAACAUUAUUUUUAAAGAAAAUUUAUUGCAUGUAAACACUUCAUACUCUAUAAUUAUGAUUUUAUUGUAUAUUUUAAACAAGAACGAGUUUCUAUUUUCUAGAAGAUGUAAAUUUUUUUAAAUCCUUGAAUAAAUUAUGCAAAAGACGUCAUUGUAAGCCCGACAAAAAAUUUAUGGGUUUCGUUUGUCAAAGAUAGAGAUAAAGAUAGAGGUUAAAGAUAAAGAUAAAGGCAAAGAUAAAGAUAAAGAUAAAGAUAAAAAUAAAGAUAAAGAUAAAGAUAAAGAUAAAGAUAAAGAUGAAGAUAAAGAUAAAGAUAAAGAUAAAGAUAAAGAUAAAGAUAAAGAUAAAGAUAAAGAUAAAGAUAAAGAUAAAGAUAAAGAUAAAGAUAAAGAUAAAGAUAAAGAUAAAGAUAAAGAUAAAGAUAAAGAUAAAGAUAAAGAUAAAGAUAAAGAUAAAGAUAAAGAUAAAGAUAAAGAUAAAGAUAAAGAUAAAGAUAAAGAUAAAGAUAAAGAUAAAGAUAAAGAUAAAGAUAAAGAUAAAGAUAAAGAUAAAGAUAAAGAUAAAGAUAAAGAUAAUGAUAAAAAAGUAUACAGAUAAAUUUAUACAUAAUGAAGCCAACUUUUUUUUCUUAUGGUAUUUUCCAAUUAAAAUUGUAAAAUUAGUAAAUUUCUAGAAUGCUGAUGUUAGCUUCUGUUGAAGUUAGCUUUAUCGAAGUAAAAGUUAAUGAAGCGUUGUAGGAGGUAGCUCAGCUCAAAAGUUGGAGAAUUUUCGAGUUUUCGAGAUUUCGAAAUUUUAAAAUUUGAUUUCUAUAAGAAAACGCAGAGGCCAUAAAUCAUAUAGUUGAACAACAACACACGAUAGAAAAGUAUGCAAUUGCCUAGGUAGAUGUCAAACCCAAAAAUUACUGUAAAACCGAUUCUAUGAUUGGAGAUCGAGCAAUCAUCAAUCAAUCAUUCCAUUCAAUCGCACAUUAUUUUUCGAAAACUGAUUUAAGCAAUUAUCUAAAUAACAGAAACACAUAUUGACUAUUUCUUUUGCAAUUGUUCGAUCAAUUUUAAGAACUCCUGAAUGGCGAAGCUUUAUAAAUAUUAAAUGUAACGAAGUAUUUUACAACUAAAGACAUUUCUUUAUACAACAAACCGAUACGAAUACAUUGGUUUCGAGGUCAAACAAUUAAUACACAAUUUUCUUUGGAAUUACAGCGCUGGAGGCGAAUGAACAAUUACCUGCACGACACAACAGUAAUUCACUCACCUUUAGUACGACUUAUAAAUUUUCAUAUUUGCGAGAGAUUGACGGCAAAUACAUCACAGAGAGAACUCAAUAGAUAUCAAGAAAAUACUAAUAUAAAAUCAUGGUUCCUAUUAUAACUAAAGCUGAACUAGCAGCUGAAAACGAAAUGAUUAGAAAUUUCACCGAUCCCAGACAAAUAAGAGGAUUGAUCAACAGAUGGAUGGAGGAUUAUCCGAAGCUAGAGCUUGGAAAACUUAGCGCGGAAGUUCAGUUGGCUAUUAUAGCAAAAUAUGAGAUAGCGGAGAAACUGUCUGCUGCUUUAAAUAAGCUUGAGCUCUUGAGCCCGGGAAUGACUUUUGAUAAUGAUGAUAAUGAUGAUGAUGAUGAUAAUGAUAAUGAUGAUAUAACUUCAACAACCGACAGCGGUUACGCCGCUUCUCCAAGCAGUCUCGCUCCCAUAACACCGCCGCGCGUGUCAAGCAGUGCUAGAUCAUCAAGCAACCCUACUAGACCGCGCGUGUUAAGCAGUGCUGGAUCAAUCAGCCCAAUUAGGCCAAUUGCAAGCAAUCCAACUUACCCAACAACACCCACACGUUGGUCAAAGAGCAAGAAAAUGGUGUCGCGUCGCAUUAUUAAUGAUAGCAUUGCUACCAGAAGUAGUGUACUCACGAAAAGUCAUCGUACUCCACGUAAGAGUUUACCAAAAUUUACCUACUCAAUGCAGGCAACAACUUCAACACCGCGAGUUCCAGCCUUGCCCCAUGAUCCCAACAAUGAUGGCUAUACUCUGAUUGGUCCGAAUGGUACAAUAUUACUAACUAAAGACUUCAAUACCAUAUCAUUCAGUUCGCCGAUCAUGGCUACACGCAACUUGCUCGAUUUGGUAUUCUCGGAAGAGGUUCUGGCGAAAAAUUCAAUCAACGGCAAGGUCCCGUCAGUAAUUAGGAAACGUGGACGUCCUCCUAAAGGUCUAUUGAAUCCGGACAAGGUUGCGGAUGUCAUACAUUGUAUUACAUCGCGCACAAAUUGCUCCGAAUACGACGUUCGCUGCGCAAUUACCACAAAAUGCGCGGACAGCGCAAAGAAGUUAAGGCGACUCAGUAAGAUUCCUGAAGCGCAAAAUUAGGAGAAAUGAAGAAGAAGCGGGAAAAAUUUACUUUCAAAGAAAUUGAUUGCUGUUUUAAUAUUUUUAUUAUUAUUUAUUAGAUGAGAAAGAAUCAGGAUUUAAGUAAAUGUUUAAGCUAUAAUUAUAUUAUGUGUAAUUAAUGAAGUAAUUAAUUAAGCGAAAUGAGAAAAAAAAUGAUAA